AUGAUAGCUUCGGCGACCAGAACACUUGCCAAACACCAUGACGAGAUGGCGAAGGACGCUAAAAUACAGCCUUUGGCAGUCAGGUUAACUGCAAUUGCGGGGAGCUUUCGAUCUGCUGAAGAUGUCAUAAGCGUAUCUGACCCACUCGUAAAACAACUCGAAAACGUCGUCAACGAACUCACCGUCGAGUUAGCGGGAGGCAAACCCAAUCUGCCCCGAAACGGCCAGAGAGGUAAGGCCGCAAACGCUAACCACAGAGCUAGGGGAAGUAGAGACAAAAGACGCCAACACGAGUAUGCUACGGUACAACAACUCUGGGAGAAAGAACCGAAACAACUAGCUACGCUAGUAGUGGAGGAUCGGCUCUCAGAUAUCGAACAACGCCGCCAACCUGAACUACCUCCGGGUGAUCAGGUAAGAGACCUAUAUAACGACGGACUCUGGGGCGUUGAAGAAACCACAUUCUUCCCACCUGAUUGGGAAGAGACCGUAGCUACAAGGGUGGGCGUCGUCGAUAUUAACCCGAUACAGCUCGGAACGGUAGAAAAAAGAUACCGACGCCUGAAAACGCACACUGCUGCGGGGCCAGACAAAGUGGCUAAGAAGGACAUACGCCGAACAGCGCGCAUUCUUCUGACUGCGAUCUUUAAUAUCUGCUUGGGGAUUGGGUUUUACCCCGAAUCCUGGAAACGUAACAGAACAACGCUGAUCCCAAAAGAUGGCAAGGAUCUGACAGUGGCAGCCAGCUGGCGGCCGAUUACUGUCAGCUCAAUCCUAGCCAGACUGUUCUCGGGGGUGAUCGAUGAAUCUCUUAGGGGAAACAUCGAGCUAAGCCGAGCACAAAGGAUUCACGCAUGA